AUGGGUAAUCAUACAGACGAUGCAUCAAUCCAGAAAUCGUCCACCAUCAAUCCUCGUCCGGAUAAUCCCUUGACAAGGCAUCCAACUUCUUGUCCCCAAUCCACCGAUAACCCCAGUCUAACAAACCGAACCGAACUGACAUGUUUACUGACCCCGUCCAUGAAAUCGGUGUGGAACCAGCCGGGCAAUCCGUUCGAUACCAACAAUGCAACUGCCGUAACAGACUUGCCACCCAAUCGGUACCGACUGACAGAUUUGGUCGAGUUCCCCAACACAGAACUGUCCGCGGAUCAGUUCCAUGCACACGAGCACGAUGGGAAUGACUCCAACGAAGGUGCAUUCAACACUGAGUUUGCAUGGAACAUGGAACCGCUUCCAGUCUACGCGUUACCAGCGCGUUCGACCGCACUAUCCGUUGUGCAUGAGUGA